AUGCCCCUGGACGAGCUCAUGGCUUGCCGCAAGACCCGAAUCUUUUCGAGGACGGGUCAUGUGCACAGCCGAAAGCUACUGACUCCAGAGUGCCAGAUUCAUGUGGAGCAAGGCAAGCGACUCAUGAAUAAGGCGAAGACCGCGGCCAUGACUGGCAGGCCUACAGCCUUGAAACUCACAGGUCUUCCGACUCUGACGCAUUACGCGUCUCUGCGGGACAAAGCUGACGACAUCGAGAUGAACCGUCGAGGCAGAGAGAAGGCGGCCGCGGCGGCGGCGGAGGCAGCGGACGCUGAUAUGUUCGCGGCCUUUGGGGAUGCGGGUGAGGGCGGUGAGGCUCCGGCAGAGCAGUGCCGGCCCAGGGAAGCUCCGACGUUGGACUUGUGCCAGCUGGGUGAGGAGCCGCAGAAGAAGAAGCCAAAGCCGGCGAAGAAGGCCCCGUCGCGACACAGUUCCCAGAACGACACUGGGAAGCCAGCCACCAUUGUCAACAUGACGCCAGAGGACGAGCAGCAUCUCAAGGAAACCGAUCCCGAGAUGCACAUGGUUGUGCAAGCCCUCCAGACCUGCCACGACUGCCUGUUGAAGCUGAGCGUUGCAUCAGUGCUCGAGGGCGGUUCCAUUGGCAAUUCCAUCUGGAGUGCUAGGGAGAAGGUGCUGGUGAAGCUUCAGGGCACGAGGGAGUACGACAUCUUGUCCCGACGCUUGCUUGAGUGCGAGGCGGCGUCCAAGCUGAUGCAGAAGGGCGGUGUGUUGAAGUUGCAGAAGGCAGACUUGCAGCAAGUCCUCGUCGUUCUCAACGACAUGGACAACUUGCGGCUGCCCAUGAGCUUGCGUCUGCAGUUGAUGGAGCGAAGAGGGUACGACCUUCUUGAGGAGGUGCUCAAUUCCUCGGACGAGAGCAAAUGGAAAGCUCGGGCAAACGACUUCGCUGCUACUAUCUUUCCGCUUGUGACCGAGAAUGAAGGAUUCGAUCUUUUCCGCGUGACGUGCUCGUGUUUGGUGCAAGAUGAAAAGGUCCGCAAGGAUACGCUGUCUUGGCUUGGCGACAAGGCCGAGAGCGGUGAAGAGCUUGUGUACAAGGACGGGUUUGAACCAGCAGCAUGUCCAAGUCGGUGUCCCAUCAGUUUUUUUGUUGUUCUUUUCUUGUUGCUUGGAGCCUGUCGCAGCCUUACAAGGGAUUGCAUCAUGUUGUGGCAGGCUCGAGUUGUAGCAGCGGCUUGCGUGGCUGGUAGAUGA